AUGGCUAGAGGAUUUGAAAUGCAAAGCUUUCUCUUCAUAAUUUCCCUUGUACUUAUCACAAUCAACAUAACUGGCGUUCAUUCAGCAACAGCAUUGUCUCAAGAUAAGCCACUUUCCCAUUCUCAUCAUGAGAGAUACCACCUAAAAAACAUUGAUCGCAACAACAAUAUCAAUGAAGCUACAGGCCUGGCUAGUGCAGAGACUAUUCUCUUUGAGGGAAUGAAAUCCAUUGUAGUUGCAAACCGACUCAGACUACAAAAUCCUCAAAAGAAUAGGUACAAGUUUAGAAAUGCUUCUAAAAUUUUGAGUAAUCUAAAGAAGUCACCACCACUAGCUUACGGACAUGACACGGCUUCCUCUAACAAUGGUUCAUCAAGUUAUCACAAUGUUGCAGAUCCUCCAAAUAGAAGCCAUUCAUACACCAUUCCUAAGGAACUUGUCGCAGCCGCUCGCAUCAUGGCGGAAUCGAACCCACUGUUACUAUCUACAUCGGAGUUACCAACCAGUUUAAUGUCAAUAUCUGGGACUAAUGAUACCAACGUUAUGACUCAGGCAUUGAAACAUCCCGAUGGCUUACAUGGAUGGGCUCCGAGCAUACUUCCCUCACUCUACAAUGCACGCAAGGCUACACAACACACAAACAUCAAACGAGAAAGCUCAACCUUCUGGAUGGGAAUUAUCAAACAGAACGGUCAGAGUCCAUUUGCUCCGAUUGGUUAUAAAGUUUGGAGAAGUGUUAUGGAAUAUGGUGCUGCAGGUGAUGGUUUGACAGACGAUACCGCAGCUAUCAAUGCAGCAAUAUCAGAUGGUGGAAGAUGCGGUGUCGAUUGUAGAUCUAGCACAAUUUACCCUGCCACUGUUUUCUUUCCACCUGGCGCAUAUCUUGUUAGCUCUCCAAUUAUUCAAUACUACAACACAGAGAUACUCGGAGAUCCUACCGAACUGCCAAUAAUUAUUGCUGCAUCAAAUUUCGUUGGACUUGGUGUUAUUACGUCUGACGUCUACAUUGGAACUACAGAAGGCUGGUAUCUAAACACGAACAACUUUCUUAGAAGUAUCAAAAACUUCAUCAUGGAUAUAACUCACACCCAACUCAAUGCUCAGAUCUGCGCUAUACGCUGGCGGGUUGCACAAGGAACAUCACUGGAAAAUAUUCAUUUCAUCAUGUCGUCAGAGGAGGGUUCAACUCAGCAAGGAAUAUACAUGGAAAAUGGAUCCGGAGGCUGGCUAUCUGAUUUGACAUUUGUCGGUGGCAUGUUCGGUGCAUAUUUUGGUAACCAGCAAUUUACAUCUCGAAAUAUGGUCUUUGAUGGCUGUAAGACUGCUUUACAAAUCUCGUGGAACUGGGCCUGGACAAUGCAAGGAAUAAACAUCAAAAACUGUGGGACUGGAAUUAAUAUCGUUGGAGAGGCAGGAGGCUCCCUAGCAACACCCAAAAAUGUUGGAUCCUUGACUUUACUAGAUCUUAUCAUCGAGAACACACCAAUUGGAAUCGAAACCUCUCUCUUUUCCACGAAUUCGACCUCAUUAUUGAUCGAGAAUGCCUAUCUUAACAAUGUCUCAAAGGUCGUCACAAACAAUCAAAAUGCCCACACGUUACUAGCUGGCAGCUCCGAAGUCACUACCAUUGAUUCGUGGGGAUUUAGUAUAAUGAACGAUGCUUCUGGUGUUGGGAAUUCUGCUAGUGCUCAGAAGAUAUCACAGAUGUCUCGGUCGGCAUCAUUGGUUGACCAAAAUGGAAAUCAAACCACCCCAUCGCCAAAGUUCUUCACAAGGCGCAGACCAGUCUACAAUAAUAUAGGUUUCAGUCAAAUUAUUGAUGUGGCAACUUAUGGGGCAGUAGGAGAUGGAAAAACAGACAAUUCAGCUGCCUUGAACUCCAUUUUUGCCUUAGCGGCCAACAUUUCCUCCAUAGUUUUCAUACCUUUCGGAGUGUACAAGAUCUUCGACACAGUGCACAUACCAGUCGGGUCGAGAAUCGUUGGACAGGCUUGGAGUCAAAUUAUGGCAACUGGAGACAAGUUUCAAGACAUCAAUAAUCCGAGGGUUGCUGUACAAGUGGGGGAUCCCGGAGAUGUAGGUGUCAUAGAGAUUCAAGACAUGAUUUUUACCGUUUCCGGUCCAACUGCCGGUGCGAUAUUGGUUGAAUGGAAUGUUCAUGAGAUUAUCCAGGGAUCUGUGGGCAUGUGGGAUACUCACAUUCGCGUUGGCGGUGCAAUUGGCAGUGAUCUUCAACUAGCAGAUUGUCCAAAGCUAUCAGGAGAGAUCAAUUCUCAAUGCCUGGCGGCAUCACUGUUGUUUCAUAUGACCCAAAAAUCAUCUGGAUAUAUCGAGAACUCGUGGAUGUGGGUUGCAGAUCAUGACAUGGAUGUCGUCACCCAAGAUCUGAUCGAUGUCUAUUCAGGUCGUCGACUUCUGAUCGAAAGUCAAGGACCAACCUGGCUUUACGGUACCGCCGUUGAACAUAACGUUUUAUAUCAAUAUCAGGUUUCCGGGGCAAAGGACGUAUUGAUGGGUGUAAUUCAAACAGAGUCGCCAUACUUUCAAGUCGCCCCCGCUGCACCAGAUCCUUUUACUUCAGGUCUAGGUCUCUUCGCCAAUGAUCCCACGUUUAAUGACUGCAAUCCAGACUCUCUGAGCUGUGCAAUGUCAUGGGCUGUUAGGAUAGUUGACUCUGUCGGCAUUUAUGUCUUGGGAGCGGGCUUGUACAGUUGGUUUCAGCAAAAUGAACAAACAUGUCUUGCUACCGAAAGUUGUCAAGACAGAAUAUUUAGUGUAGAGCAGAGUACAGAGAUCUGGGUUUACAAUCUGGUCACAAAGGGCUCAACUGAAAUGGUCAGCCCGGUCAAUGGAGUGGCCACGUUCUCCAUGCCCAAUCAAGGUGGCACCGUAGCUUCACUACUAGCUUGGCUUGAGGGGGCAGAUCAAACUAUCGGUAUUCGAAACUUCACCGGGUUUCAACUCUACCAAGAAGACUUCGUUUCUACUUUGGAACUUCCCAAUACUUGCCUUACAGCUUUGACAGCUAGCAUCCAUUGUGACAGUCUCCUAGCUACUUACACAACACCGCAAUGGGCCGGCUCUUUAGAGAAUGAUAUGCUCACUGAUUCUGUUUGUGAUCCUGGAUGUGGUUCAUCUAUUGCUUUCUACUUCAACACAGUUAGUUCUUCAUUUGCGGGCUACAAUAUUACAAGUGCCCCUCCAGUGAUGCUAGGUGGAUUUGUUUGGAAAGGUUACAACGAGACUUGCUUGAAAGAUCCCACGAGCGGACUUUAUUGCAAUGACUUGAUUCUAGACUUCACGCUCGUUUCCGAUGUUUCUGAAAUGCCGCGGGAUGAAAUCUGUUCAACAUGCUACAUACAGCGCCUCAAAAUGAUGCAGUCAUCUCAAUAUUCAGCUUACGCCGGAACAUAUUCAUCAAUUCUAGCUUAUGUUGCAGAAGCUUGCAGCUUAGGAUCUCCAACAGAUAUCUUGCCUCCACUGAUCGAGGAAGCACCAUCUCAGGCUUCCCCUUGUGUAUCGGAAAACUACUAUACAACAAGCGCCGGAGACACUUGCGACAUAAUCUCACUAGCUCAUAAUAUAUCUUCUGCAUCUCUUUUUAUUGGCAAUUCAGCCAUCACAAGUUGCGCCAAUAUCAUCCCUGGAACGAAAUUGUGUCUUCCCUUACAAUGUCAAAGCAUAUACACCCUCCAGCUCAACGAUACAUGCGGAUCUUUAGAAUCAACCGGACUCCAGCAAAGCUCCACGGUCUACGGUAGGAUUCUCUGUUUUUCACCGCCGGGUGGGCUUUACGAAGCAUCCACAGUAAAGGGUGGGCAUAAUACCAAUCCAUUCAACAACGAUCAAUACGCCGAUUCCAUUGAACGCCCUCCCACAAACUCCACUAUCGCGAACGGAACUACCUUGAACUGUGGGGAGUGGUAUACAGCCGCCUCAGGUGAUGAUUGCUCAUUUCUCAGUAUGUCUUUCGGUAUCACUGCGGAGCUACUCAUGGGGAUCAAUCCUUCGUUACCAAGACAAGAUUGUAGUUCUGGAGUUAAAAGAAAUAUUACCUACUGUGUUUCUCCUAUAUGGGCUUAG